UUCAGGCGUCGUGCGGUACUGUUCUCAUUUCUCCACUGCUCGAACUCCAUUCAACAAGGAUCAUUCAUACGUUCAAAAGAUCCUGCGGUUAAUAGAAAGAAAACAAAAAAAAUACCCGCAAAAUGCGUUCAAUCACGGUUACCUUACUACUUCUGGCAUUCUACGCCUCAACGACAAUCUGCGAAGAAAAUACCCUGGAAUGUUACCAGUGCAUCGGAUCCCUAUGCGACGAUCUGGACUUUGUGGAGAUUGUUAGCUGCAAUGCGGAUGAUGCACCAUCCGAAGCGACAACCGAGGCUGAUGAUACUUCCCCAACAGAUGAACCUUCUACCAGUACAACGGCAGCACCGACAGAAUCUACAACAGACGGAUCAACUGGUACUACAGCAUCUGAAUCUGAAUCUACUAAUGCUUCUACAACCGAAUCCUCAAGCGACUCUACUUCAUCCGCUUCCACAGUGACAACCGAGGGUGGUGAUACUUCCACAACAGAUGCAGAAUCUACAACAGGCGGAUCAACUGAUUCAACAGGUUCUGAAUCCGAAUCUACUGAUUCCUCGUCAACAACAAUUUCUGAUAGCGAAUCCUCAAGCGACUCUACUUCACCUGUAUCUGAAUCUACUGAUUCUUCUCCAACAACAAUUUCUCCAAGCGAAUCCUCCAGCGACUCUACUUCAUCCGAUUCCACAGCGACAACCGAGGGCAGUGAUACUUCCACAACAGAUGAAACUUCUACCGGUGCAGAAUCUACAACAGGCGGAUCAACUGGUUCUACAGGUUCUGAAUCGGAAUCCACUGAUUCUUCGUCCACAACGAUUUCUGCCAGCGAAUCCUCAAGCGACUCUACUUCAUCUGUAUCUGAAUCCACUGAUUCUUCGUCAACAACAAUUUCUGCAAGCGAAUCCUCAAGCGACUCUGCUUCAUCCGAUUCCACAACAGAUUCCACGCCCGAUCUUUCGACUGAUGCAACAACUGUUUCAGGAGAUACCUCUGCUGUAUCAUCGCGUAGCCGAUCCUCGGCUGCCAUGGCCACAGAUGUACUGCUCCAGAACUAUCGCACUAUUUCCCGUAGGCGAAGGGCCACUGAUGGUAGCAUUAAGUUGACUGCCUGCUACAGCAUUAUAAAGAAUAAAGAGAAACAUCUCGGCUGUGUUCGGGUAGAGACUGGUCAGAGCGGCUGUGAGGCUGUACGAAAACUGGUCGGUCUUCCAGUCAAUUCCAUACGGAAGAUAAGUGCAACCUCUGCUUCGAUGAUCUUUGCAAUAGCAGCGCCAGUGUACGCGUGUCUCUGGGCAUGCUGCUCCUGCUCCUGGCGUUGGGAGUGAAGAACCUCCUCUAGAGGCAGUUUUGGGGAGUUGGUGGUUGGAACAUCCAUAAGUUGUAUUAUAUAUUGACUUUUAAAUAUAAUUAAAUAAAAAAUCAAAAACUAUUGACUGGAAAGAUUCCUAAUAAAAACA